GUGGCCAGACCACAGAGAACAGCAGCCGUAUUGACACAGCCAGUAACGUGCUGCACCUUCAACCAAUUGAUCUCAGAGGAACUAUAAAACUGAAAGAAUCAGGGGCAGAGAGUGCCAAGGGGAUUUGGGCCUUACUGGGGUAAAUUCAGGAAUCCGUUCGCUCCCUUUCGCCGCGAAGGAUGGCGUUGUAGUGUUCUCCGGCAGGAUGACAGCAAUGCACAGACGCAGACCCUGGUGGCUGGAGAUCCUGCUCGGUGCCUGCCUGGCCGCUCUCCCCAGCAGCACCGCCUGUCCCAGGCUCUGUGCCUGCUACGUCCCCACCGAGGUGCACUGCACUUUCCGGUACUUCACAGCUGUCCCACCACGCAUCCCUCCAAACGUGGAGCGCAUCAACCUGGGUUACAACAGCUUGCUUAAACUGACUGAAACAGAUUUUGCUGGCCUGGAGAAACUGGAGCUACUGAUGCUGCACAGCAACGAGAUCAAUGCAAUACCUGGCAAGGCGUUCGCUGAUUUGCAUUCAUUACAGGUCUUAAAAAUGAGUUAUAACAAGGUCAGUGUACUUCAGCAAGAUGUUUUUUAUGGUCUGAAGAGCUUGGUACGGUUGCAUAUGGACCACAAUAAAAUUGAAAUUGUAAAUCCCAACGUUUUCUAUGGGCUAACAUCGCUAAGGUUGGUCCAUUUGGAAGGAAAUUUACUUAAGCAGCUUCAUCCAGAUACUUUUGUCACCUUGAACCAUGUACAAAUAUUUAAAAUAUCCUCCAUAAAGCACCUAUAUUUGUCUGAAAAUGCAUUGACUUCACUACCGCAAGAAAUGUUUUCCUACAUGUCUGACCUAGAAAGUAUUUACCUCCAUGGAAACCCAUGGUCCUGUGAUUGCAGACUACAGUGGUUUGCAGAAUGGUCAAAACAGAGACCAGAUGUCAUAAAGUGCAAAAAGGACAGAAGUUCUGGUGGUCAGCAAUGCCCAGUUUGUGCUAGCCCCUGGAAUUAUAAAGGAAGAAACUUCGUCACUAUUCCUUCUGCAUCUUUAACCUGCACUAAGCCAGUCAUACAUCCCUCCCUGAAAUUUAGAAACCUCACCGUGCCAGACGAUGGGGAUUUCAGUUCUGUGUCUACCAAGGACUUCGUAGCUCCUAUAGGAUCCAUGGUUUUGAACAUGACUGACCAAGCAGGAAGUCGCGGCAACUUGGUUUGUAACAUCCGGAAACCUAAAGAAACGUCUCCACUCUCAUUUGACAAAGAUGGCAACAACACAAUACUGAAAACAUCAUUCUCAGCAUUUCUCGUGUGCGAUAUUGCUUAUGAGCAUAUCCAGCAGCUAUGGAGCAUACUGGCCCUGUACAGCAAUUUUCCCCUAAAACUAGAAAGGAAUGCCCCAGCAAGUAAAAUGCCUUUUGUUGCUUACCAGUAUAAACAAAUCUACUCUGACAAAGAUGAACUUUACACCAAUAUAGAGGCAGAGCUGAGAGCCGAGCCAUCUUGGUUAAUGCAAAGCAAAGUAGCAUUGCAGCUGGACAGGACAGCAACCACACUUAACACGUUGCACAUCCAGUACUUCACUGAUGCCCAGAUUAUUUUGCCCAGUGCUGACCAAAAAAAAGUGAGAACUAACUGGACAAUCAUCUCCAGGGACAACAAAACACAAACACAGCACACUGUUUUAGUCGGGGGGACCGUAGAACUAGAUUGCCAAGCAAUUGGAGAUCCAGCUCCUGCAAUAGAGUGGAUAUUAGCUGAUGGGAGCAAAGUGAGAGCCCCUUAUAUCAGUGAGGAUGGCAGAAUUAUAGUAGUUAAAACUGGAACAUUUACGUUACGAACAGCUGACACCUUUGACACUGGGCUUUAUCACUGCAUAGGCACAAAUUACAACGGUGCAGAUAUUCUCACAUUUAGAAUUACGGUGGUUGACCCUUACGUGGAACACAGUAGUGUAAAUGGAGCCCAGCUUUCCACAGCUGUUGGCAGCACACUCUACCUUCCCUGCACAUCUGCUGCUGUUCCAGAUGCUGCUAUUAGUUGGGUGUUACCCGAGCGUGUGAUUCUUCAUCAUUCUGUCAGAAACAAACACAUUUUUGACAACGGCACCUUGAGAAUACAAGGGGUAACAGAGCAAGACAGUGGCUAUUUCAGAUGUGUUGCAGCCAAUCAGUAUGGCGUUGAUCUUUUGGUUUUCCAAGUGCUAGUUAGAAAGGACAAAACCACUCCACAGAAAAUGCAUGUAGCUGUGGGAGAAUGGGAAGAGAGCGAUGGCUCUGGAAAUGCAAUGCUGGCAUCUGCUGGAAGACAUACAAAUCCUUCAGCUACUCUGGCUCCCUUGACAGCUAAUCAGGAAUCUGCUGCCUCAGCAUCUAGAAACCAGGUCACACAGAGUGCCUAUAAAAGGAGCAGUUAUGGGAAACCAUCCCACCGUCACUACAGGGACAGAAUGGGCAGGAGGUUUAGGGGGCAGAGGAGACAGUUUGUUUCCUCAGCCAGGAGGGUUGAUCCGCAGCGCUGGGCAGCCUUUCUGGAAAAAACAAAGAGGAACUUGACUCUUGUAGAAAACCAAGAAGCUGAGAUAAAACCAGCUAUUCAAGUUCGUCCAUUCCCAAAAGCACCUCUGGAUGAGGAGGAAGCAUCUGGUGAUCUCUCAUCUCCAGAACAAGAAUUCAUGAUACCAGUAACACAGAGUGCCCCCGCAUCUCCUCUGGGGAAAGCAACAGAAAGUGUGGUAACCGCAGGGCCCAGCAUGGCCACAAGGAACAGUCCUGCCGGGACAGCCUCCCUCCUGGCUGCAGAGGCUGUAGCUCCGCUACCCUCUCCUUCUUCACAGUCUGCCUCGUCUGGCAGCAGAAGGCCACAAGCAUAUCUAAACCCUACAAUUACAAAUUCAGACUCAUGGGAAGGACCUGCUUUAAGUCAAAUAUCAGCAAAUGUUAUAAAACAAUCAACUCAGCAAAGACUGGUACCUCCUGGAGAAAGUCCCAGCCAGCAAUUAAAGCCUGUGUCUGCAACACCCAUGACAGAUGUUACGGACACCAGUAAACCUGUAACUUCUGAAAAUACAGUGGGCAAGCUACAUGUUUUUACAGAGUCUACUAAUAAGAUUUCCACCAAAACAGAUCAUCAGAUAUCUGUAGUGACAGUCAGUGAACCAAAUCCUGAAACUGGUCACGUUUUCCUUCAUAGCACUCAGAAACCAGUAAUUACUGAGCUGCCACUGGGCUCAAAUACCAUGACUCAUCAGGAAAUUCAAAUUAUUCAGGAUGUUACAACUCAUGCACCUCAGCAGAAAUAUGGAAGAAGGAGAAAAAUUUUUGGUAGGAGAAAAAUUGUCAGACCAGGACGUAUUCCAAAUAUGAAAGAGCACAGGUACCAUUUUGGGAAGCAAGGCUCUGUCAGAGGAAAUACAGCUCCAGGUGUCAUCUUCACUUCAAAAUAUACAUCUGACUUACCUCCCUUAAAUAAUUUAAGCAGCUCCAUCAACCUAGUUAGCCCAGAAGCACCUCUGUCCUCCCCCUCCACCAUGAGUACGUCAUUAGAGCACCCAGCAGGUGCUGUUCAAAACACAGCACUCCCCACAGCAGAGAACAGGGAACAUGCUGCAAGGCAAGGAACUACUUCUGUGGUGAUGCCUUUCUUUACAAAAAGCACCCAGGGUACCCCCCAACAGAAAUCAGAGGCCAAUGCACCAUUUCAGACAAGUACGUACAGAGUCCAACCUUUUAGCAUCAGACCACCAACAAUAGCAAGCUACACAGCUCAUGUUGCUGAAGAAGUCGCACACACAGUACGCGCUAAGAUUUCUUCUACUCUUGAAUCAGUCUCACCCAACACUAUGUCUAGAACCUCAUCAGAAAAUUCCCAAGGAGGAAAAAUUACUGGGGAGCAUCUCUUUGGAAACGACACUCAGAAGGAAGUACUGAACAAGUUACCAGAACACCAGACGGAUGUGUUUCCAUCAACGGAGGUCUCAAUCUUGCUUCCUAACACUACAGCAGCAUUAUCUAUGACCAAAAUGUCUCCUUUGCCCUUUACGCCCAUUUCAGUGGGUGGGGAUCGCAGUAGUGGUCUCCUGUCUUUAAACAAAUCCGUUCAUUAUGACCAUGGUAAGUCCGGAGAACAUCCUCCCACUGCAGAGCUGCGUUCUUACUCUAGUCCUGCAACUAGCACGACCGAAGAAGGGGCUGUAGCAAGUUUGAAGCCAACAGUUACACCUACUGUUACUCCUCCAACUGACACCAAAAUCACCAAAAGUAAAACAUUCAGAGUAGGAAGAAAGAGAGGGCAGAGGAGGAAAAGGCCCCCUAAAACAUCUACUUCACAAAGCUUGACCACGGGUCACAGCACUACAGCAGUUCCUCCUGGGAAUACAGCCAUACCUGCCGUGACAACAGUUAAAUCAGCAGCUACACCUGUAAGUCUUACACCUGCAAAACCUCUCCCUGAGAGUGCAAGUGCAGCCUUAGUGACAGAAAUGGCAGUGCUGCGGAGCCUUGCCACAUCAGAUACAGCUCAGCGCGUGCCUACAGCAGCUCAGCAGACAUCAGCGACCCUGAGCACACGGAUGAACAUCCAGUCUGUUAAGUUAGCACCCAGUGGGCUUAUUCCUCAGAACCCCACCACAACCCAAACCACGCUGCUUUCAAAGCCAUUCAGUACCACAAGCACACAACCCACCCCAGCUCGUGCUGGAUCAGAACCCGCAGAGCAAAUCAAAGCCACCACAACAGCAGGUGAACAGUCACGCCUGCAAACAGAGGAGAAAGUUACCCGAGAAAACCACGUUGCACAGCCCACGUUCCCAAGAACUGAGCCAAGUGCCGGAGCUCCUGCGGCCACCGCAGGCAUCGCUGCCCCCCGCGCCCAGCAUCCCGCCCCGCUGCCAGCCCCAGCAGCAGCCAGGCCACCCGCACCUGUGGCAGAAGCCUCCUCACCUCCAAGCGGGGGGAUCGCAUUCAGGCAGAAGCCACCUACCGAAGCCACAGAGAGAGGCAAAAUACUAGCUGUCAGCACCCUGACCGCUCCGAAGUCAUCCCAGACUGCUACUCCAUGUGCUCCUCCGUGGGGUAGGGACCAGGACAAUUCUGCCAAAGGCUGGUCUGACAAGAGACAAGAUCAAGAAACUACCACCAGCAGCCCUAUGUCCUUCGAGCCUUUAAGCAGAAAUCAUUUUGCAAAGCCCAAAAUAAUUGGAGGAAAUUUAGCUGCUUUUACCGUGCUAGCUAAUUCAGACGCUUUUAUUCCUUGUGAAGCUAUUGGUAACCCCCAGCCAACAAUACACUGGACCAAGAUAUCACCAGGGCCCCCUGCUGCGGAGAGCCAGGACGGCGGCAGAUGGACGGUGUUUGCCAACGGCACGCUCUCCAUCGCGCGGGCAGGCCUGCAGGACCGCGGGCAGUACCUGUGCACCGCGGGCAGCCCGCUCGGCACGGCGCGGCUCCUGGUCACCCUGUCGGUGGUGGCUUACCCGCCCCGCAUCGCGGGCAGCAGGCCGCGGCUCCUCACCGCCCACUCCGGGAAGGCCGUGGCGAUGAAGUGCCAAGCUGAGGGCAGGCCUCCUCCCGCGGUCUCGUGGGUCCUAGCCAACAAAACGUACAUCUCCAGCUCUUCUAAGGAAAAUAAAAAGGUUCACGUGCAACCAGAUGGCACUCUGAUUAUCGAGGAAGUCACUGUUUAUGACAGGGGCCUCUACACAUGCGUGGCCAAAAAUCCAGCAGGCACUGACAUGCUGAUUGUAAAACUGCAGGUCAUUGCGGCACCUCCUGUUAUUUUGGAGGAAAAGCGACAACGAAUUGCAGGAACGAUGGGGGAAAGCCUGAAAUUCCCUUGCACUGUGGAAGGGAAUCCUCAUCCCAGUGUCCACUGGGUUCUGUUUGACGGAACAGUGGUGAAACCUCUGCAGUUUGUAAACGCCAAGCUGUUCCUGUUCCCCAACGGCACCCUCCACCUCAGCAACCUCGCCCCUUCCGACAGCGGGAACUACGAGUGCAUAGCUACAAGCUCAACGGGCUCGGAGAGGAGGGUGGUAAGCCUGCUGGUGGAGCAGAGAGAUACACACCCAAAAAUAGCUGCUGCCUCUCAAGAGAUGACGCGAUUGAAUUUUGGGGAUAAAUUGCUUCUCAACUGCACAGCGACCGGGGAGCCAAAGCCCAGGAUAAUCUGGAGGUUACCGUCCAAGGCAGUUGUAGACCAGUGGCACAGAAUGGGAAGUCGAAUCCAUGUGUAUCCCAAUGGAUCCUUGGUUAUUGAGGCAGUUACUGAAAAGGAUGCAGGUGACUAUUUGUGUGUUGCAAGAAACAAAAUUGGAGAUGAUCUGAUACUGAUGAAAGUCAGCAUCACAAUGAAACCAGCCAAGAUUGACCAGAAACAGUAUUUCAAGAAACUAGUACCAUAUGGAAAAGAUUUCAAGGUGGACUGCAAGGCCUCUGGGUCACCUGCACCAGAAAUAUCCUGGAGUUUGCCAGAUGGGACAGUGAUCAAUAACGUGAUGAUGGCCGAUGACAGCGGACACAGGUCUCGCAGAUACAUCCUCUUUGACAAUGGAACUCUGUAUCUCAACAAAGUCGGCAUAACAGAAGAGGGAGAUUAUACCUGCUAUGCCCAAAACACACUGGGAAGAGAUGAAAUGAAAAUACACAUCACUGUCGUAAUGGCAGCUGCUCAGAUAAAGCACAGUUACAAGACAUACAUAAAAGUGAAAGCUGGAGAUACGGCAUUAUUGGACUGUGAAGUUGUUGGAGAACCCAAGCCAAAAAUAUUCUGGUUGCUACCUUCCAGUGACAUGAUCUCCUCCUCGACAGACAGAUACUUCCUGCAUGGUAAUGGUUCCCUGUCAGUCAGUCAAGUCAAACUGCUGGAUGCUGGGGAGUACAUGUGUGUUGCCCGUAAUGCUGGAGGGGAUGAUACAAAAUUGUAUAAACUGGAUGUUGAGGCUAAACCACCUAUCAUAAAUGGUUUAUACACGAACAAAACAAUUAUUAAGGUGACAGCAGUGAGGCAUUCGAAGAAACAAAUCGACUGUAGGGCAGAAGGGACGCCUCCUCCUCAGAUUAUGUGGAUCAUGCCCGAUAACAUUUUCCUAACAGCUCCAUAUUAUGGGAGUAGGAUUGUAGUACACAAAAAUGGAACACUUGAAAUUCGGAACCUAAGGCCUUCUGACACAGCAGAUUUUAUCUGUGUGGCACGUAAUGACUGGGGAGAGAGUAUGUUGGUGGUGCGGCUGGAGGUAUUGGAAAUGCUAAGGCGACCAAUGUUUAAAAAUCCAUUCAAUGAAAAAAUAAUAGCAAAACCUGGAAAAGCUACCAUACUGAAUUGUUCUGUGGAUGGAAACCCUCCACCUGAAAUAAGCUGGAUGUUGCCUAAUGGCACAUGGUUUUCCAAGGGGAUCAAGACUUCCCAGUUUCUUACAGGAAGCAAUGGCACUCUUACCAUCUACAAUCCCAACAGAGACAAAGCAGGAAAGUAUCGCUGUGCAGCUAAGAAUAAGGUUGGCUACAUUGAAAGGCUGAUCAUCUUGGAAAUCGGCCAGAAGCCCAGUAUUCUGGUGCACCCCAAAGGGCUAGUGAAGGGCAUUAGUGGGGAAUCGUUAUCGCUCCACUGCCUGUCUGACGGGAGUCCCAAACCAAACACAGCUUGGACCCUGCCAGGUGGCUACGUGCUGGAUCGACCUCAGAUCAAUAUGAAAUACAUACUGCUGGAAAAUGGCACUCUAGUUAUACGAGAAGCUACCAUUCACGACAGAGGGAAUUAUGUGUGUAAGGCCCAUAAUAACGCUGGAGAGUCAUCUAUAACCGUUCCCGUCAUUAUUGUAGCCUAUCCCCCGAGGAUUACAAAUAGACCACCACAGACUGUACAUACGAUGCCUGGUGCAGCAGUUCAACUCACCUGCAUGGCACUGGGAAUACCAAAACCAGAAAUUAUGUGGGAAUUACCUGACCACUCAAUAAUCUCUGCAGGUAACCAAGGCCAAGCAUCCAGGAACAAACUGCUUCAUCCCCCGGGGACACUGGUCAUCCAGGAUCCCCGGCCGUCAGAUUCUGGCAUGUACAGGUGCACGGCGAAGAACCACCUUGGCAGUGACUUCACAAUAACAUACAUUCAUGUCAUUUGAAAGAAGAAAGAAUGAAUAGCAAAGUCUACAGAUGGACUGAGUUUAUUCUUAGAAUAAGUUUAAAUCAAAGGCAGCCAAAGGCAUGUAAGUGCCUAAAUACAUUUGCAGUAUUCACUCUGCAAUGACCACGCAAAAAAGAGAGAAAGGGCUUGGGGAAAAUUAGAUCUAGUGUUACCAUCUAGCCUUGAUUCUUUCAUGAUGAAAUGGACUUAAAAAUAACAAGGCACUUUUCCUCUGCCAACAAAUUUGGAAUAUUCAAUAAAAUUAUUUUAUAGAAAUGUACCUAGAGAUGUUCAGAAAAGGAUAGACUUUUAAAUAGCUUAAUAUUGCCCACCUUGUAUGACUAUCAUGAGCAUGGAUCACAUAAAACAAGAGAAUCUGAGAACCAAAGAGCAGAUUUUACUGUGAUACAAAUUACAUUCUUCAUAUGUUUGGUUAUUCAGUAUGUUUUGUUUUUUGUUUGUUUUUUUAAUAAAUAUUCAGUGGUGAAACAUGUAGUGAAUUAAUUUUAAUAACACCUUUGUUUCAUAGUCUUUUUGUAGAAUUUUGGAAAGAUACCUACAGAACAAUUUUGUUCUAAUUUUUAAAAAGAGAGUAAACUCUGCUUAACACUGGUUUAAAAAAAUGAUACAGACUGAAUAUAGUAACAGUCCAGGUUGGUAUAAUUUUCCAGUUGUCACAAAAUUACUUUUAAAGAUUUCUCACUAGAAAACAAUUACAUCAGUCUGCAUGUAAAUUUAGAUUUUUGCUUUCUCAAUUCAGUAGGUAGGUAUCAAGCUCUGAGUUUCUUCCUCAUUUUCUUCCUAAGAGAUUAAUGCCAGGAUAGAAGGGUCAGACUUGCAAAUUCAGGACAUACAUGUAUCAUGGAAGACAUCGUGCAAGAGUCUGUGUUGCCACUUGCAGUCCCAGCUGCUCUAGCAGCCUGCUGCACCCUGCACUGCAUCCUCAGCGGGGAGGACUGCACAGCUGAAGCCACGGCUGUUUGGCUAGAGCACUGUCCAUAUCCAUCGCAGGACAUCUGUUGGAUAUACAAAGGGUUCAGUGCAACCAUCCCCGCCUCAUGAGUUCCGUCUCUUUACAUCUUUAAAAUAAUAUUUAAAAAAAAUGAAGAAUUGUAACAUGACUUUUCUGGCCUAUAAUAUCUACCACUUCUAAGAAGAGUCUGCAGUGGAACUCCUCAAAGAUAAUGCAGUAACUGCAGCUGAACCUCCUGCAUUAACACCUCAGCAGCAGCUGAUUAACCCAUAAGAUACUCAGGGGUGAGAAAGUAUUCUAGUGCCAAGAGCUAAAUGCAGAUUCUACCUCAUGUAAUCACAUUAUAAUCAGCUUGGGGAUUUCUUUUUAAGACUAUAACCUCAGAUGGGCUUACUUUUGUGCUGGCUUGAUCAUUUCCUGACAUCAAUCGCAUGCAUGCAGUUUACUGUGUGCUUGUUCCUUCCUUCCAUAGUGUGGACAGAGUACCCACUAACUGUCUGGAUUACAUGAAUCUCACUAUGUAAUAUCUGUAAUAGCUUCAUCUGCUAUGAAGAACAGUGAGCUCUGACACAAGGGAUAAGUAAAUCUCUGUUGACAGAAAUAAAAUGAAAUUUAUGC